GGUGGUCUCAGAUUGCAGCACGUUUGCCUGGACGUACUGAUAAUGAAAUUAAAAAUUUCUGGAAUUCUACAAUAAAGAAGAGGCUCAAGAAUAUUUCAUCAUCAUCAUCAAGAUCACCAAAUACAAGUGAUUCAUCAAUGGAUCAAGCAAGAGAUGGCAUUAAUGGACGGUUGAUAUCAAAUCAAGAACACAACAUGAUGGGGGCGUGCAUGCACCCAUCAUCUUCUUCUUCAGCUUUAUCGUCAUCAACAUGGCAGCUGCCAAACAUGGCCUUAAAUCCCAUGAAUCUUGAUCCAAUAUUGCCUAUUAUUGAUCAGCCGCCGACAGGCAUUGCCGGGUCGUACUUUGAUGUACAACCAUGCAAUGCGCAAGGUGGGAUGUUUGGUGGGAACAUUGACUUUGAAGGACAGUUUAUGGUUCCACCAUUAGGGAGUGUAAACAUUGAACAGAGUGGCAGAAUGGGAAAUUCAGUCGAAAAGAGUAAUGCUAACGUCAUGAAUAAUAUGAAUAAUAUAAUUAACUAUAAUCAAUUCAAUAAUAAUAAUAAUAAUAACAUAAACAACAAAUUAGGAGAAAAUAAUGUGAGAAUUGAGGGUUUGUGUUGGGAAGGAGAUGAACUAAGAAUGGCUAUGGGAGAAUGGGAUUUAGAGGAGUUAAUGAAGGAUGUUUCCUCGUUUCCUUUUCUCGACUUUCAAGUACAGUAAACAAGUACACUGAACAGAACAGUAAUGAUCUCGGAAACAAACGAAUAUUUCACAAUUUUCAUUUUUUUUU